UCGCCCCACCAGUCAGCGGCUUCUAACGUAGCGAGGCAGCACUCACUACUCUCUGCUCUCGGCUGGUCUCCCUCUCCGCCUGCGUAAUGUGCGCAUGAAGAAACCCGUAAAGUGUUAAAUGUUUGAAAUACAAAACCGCCGAAUUUCACAUGCUGAGAAAGGACUUCGCUACUCGUGCGCGCGGCACUGCUGUGUCUGUGCACUAGACUCUGCAAAGAAAAACUCCGCACACGCCUGCAAGUCCGCGGCUGCAAAAGGGACGCAGAAAAGCUCAUUUUUCAGUUUCAAGACAAACGCUUAAAAAUCAAACUGGCUCACGUUCUACCCAACCAGCCCAGUUUGACAGCUGCUCUUCACCCCGUUUGGAGGACUGUCAGCAGCAAGAGGAUGGCAUCAGAGCUGGCAAUGAGCAACUCCGACCUGCCCACCAGUCCCCUGGCCAUGGAAUAUGUUAAUGACUUCGAUCUGAUGAAGUUUGAAGUGAAAAAGGAGCCGGUGGAGCCCGAUCGCAACAUCAGCCAGUGCAGUCGCCUUAUCGCCGGGGGAUCCUUGUCUUCCACCCCGAUGAGCACGCCUUGCAGCUCGGUGCCCCCUUCCCCAAGCUUCUCGGCGCCCAGUCCGGGCUCGGGGAGCGAGCAGAAGACACACAUAGAGGAUUUCUACUGGAUGUCCGGUUACCAACAGCAGUUGAAUCCAGAGGCGCUGGGCUUCAGCCCCGAAGACGCAGUCGAGGCGCUGAUCAACAGCAGUCACCAGCUCCAGUCCUUCGAUGGCUAUGCCAGGGGCCAGCAGUUCUCUGGCGCAGCCGGAGCAGGAGGCACCAUGGCCGGGGAGGAGAUGGGCUCCGCCGCGGCGGUGGUGUCGGCAGUCAUCGCUGCGGCAGCCGCUCAGAACGGAGGGCAGCACCACCACCACCACCAUCACCACCACAGCAGCGGCCACCACCAGGCGCCCGGCGUCCAGUCCAACGGCACUUCUGGGACGAAUCACCCACACAUGCGCUUGGAUGAUCGGUUUUCAGACGAGCAGCUGGUGACCAUGUCGGUGCGGGAACUCAACCGGCAGCUACGGGGGGUCAGCAAGGAAGAAGUGAUCAGAUUGAAACAGAAGAGGAGGACCCUAAAGAACAGAGGCUACGCGCAGUCCUGCCGGUUCAAGCGGGUCCAGCAGCGGCACGUCCUGGAGGGAGAGAAGACGCAACUCCUGCAGCAGGUCGAGCACCUAAAGCAGGAGAUCUCCAGGCUGGUCCGGGAGAGGGACGCGUACAAAGAAAAGUAUGAGAAGCUCAUCAGCAACGGCUUCAGAGAAAAUGGAUCCAGCAGUGACAACAACCCUUCAUCCCCGGAGUUUUUCAUGUCAUCAAGAAAAUUCCUCCAUCUGUGAUUUCAAGCUCCAUUCUUCCGUGCCCUUGGAUCCUGGAGACAACCCAACAAAUGAGCAGUGAUGACAUCAGAGCGGCUGACCAAUCGCACCAAGACACCUACAAAGCACAACAUUCAAAAUGACUUCGCUGAAGAACAACAGACAAGACCCACCAGAAUCCCUCAAAAUCCCUACAGUGAAAUUCUUGAAAGCCUCUUACUACUCCAGUUUCCCUCCCUGAUAUUUUACCUCCAGCUUUUUUCUACAAAACAUGAAAAAACAAACGAACAAAAAAAAUGUGGACAAAUUCAUAAUCAUGAGACGGUCGAUGACGCCACAUAAAUACAUUGGAAGGACUAUUUUCUCUUCGGUGGGAAGAUCACCGAUGCAUGCUUCUGUAAAUAGAUCAUAGUAAAAUUUAUUCUUAUUCCUAGUAUAGGAAACAUACCAAGUCGCUCUCACCAAAUUCAUAAACCUUCAUUACGGUGGAUAGAGUACUCAUGGUUCGAUAUUUUCCAUAUUAAAUCAGUAUUCUUCUUACCUAUUCAGAGCCCAUGUAAUUAUCAUUUCAAGUACCAUUUCUCUAGUCUUUAGAGUUAUUUGGACUGUAAAAAUUGUACUUCUUAUUCUUCUUAUUCUCUUUACGUAACAGCCUAGUCUUCCUCUCCAAUAUCCACACUAGUACAUGUAAAUAGAAAUGAAUGAAGACAGCAGCAUGGACCAGACUAUAGUGUAUAUUUACCGCCCUGUUAGAUCACAAAUUGCCGUAUGUGGAUAUUUCAGACAACCUUUUUAAAAGUUUAAAAUACUUGAACUUCUUUUCUGAUAGACACAGUUGUAGAUAUCUGGACACUUUUCAUAUGUAUUUGAAUAGAUCCAUACAGGCAUUAGGUAUAGGUAAUAAUUAUUAUUUGACCACCUUACAAGGAUGAUAAAGCAGAGAUUCCUUUGGUAUUGUCAGUCAGUUUCACUGCGAACCAGAUAAACAGAAAAGGAAAAGCGGGCAAAUACACUGAAGCCACGAGCCUGACUUAUUACUUUUAAGUUUUGUUUUUUUUACAUUUGACAUAUUAUUUGAUGUCAUUAUUUACAUUUGUCACCCAAUAUCUAUUCAUGUAUUACUUCCCAUUGCAAUAAUUGCCCCCACCUUCCCCAGAUCCAUGUUGGAACUGCUGGAUCAAAGCUGCUGUCAGUCUGCGAGGGGCUCAUUUUUUUUCUUUGCAUGGUUUGAAUUCCAAUCCUGAGCCUACACAUGGGGGGGAAGAAAGAACACCUCAUUGACUGUAAUGUAGACAUUAGGACUCUGAACCUCCGUCUUCUAUGGACUAUGAAGAAAACCAAAUGGACUGACAGAUAACAUGCCAAGCCAAUGAACAGACGACCUCAAAGAAGAACACCUCAGUGGUGAAGACAGAAAACCUUUGCAUGGACAACAGGAAGAAUACUAGCUCGUUGAACACCUCAUCUCCACUCUCAUGCAUCCUCUACCUCUCAGUGUCUGCUGUGCAUCCAGGAGCCCAUGUAUUUUCAGUGACCCCCUCUAAUGUCCCCACUUUUUUCCGCUGCAUGUCCCUACAGAGCCUCGUGAGGAGAGUUCAGCGUUGAAUGCCACCGAUUUAUGCACAUGGCAAUGGGGAAAACAAAACAAAUGCUCACUUUGAAACACUCACAUUACAUACUGUAUGAGCGCAUGCAUACAGAUGCACAAUCUUACACAGCGCCACUCAAAUACUUCGCUGUAUAUAUGUACAGUAUGUGCACUAUGUAUAGUCUCAGAUGCUGUACUUUGCAUGUUGACUUGUAGAUGGAACGUGACCACUAUUCAUAGAGGAGGAUGCGCAGGUGGACAGUGGGUAAACUCUUUAAACCAAUGCAAGCUGUUUGUCAGCUUUACACCUGUUUGCUUUGACUUGAGAAAAUGCACAGUAACAUGACAGCAACAGUUUCAUGUCUCCCGCUCCCAUUGUGAGAGGUUGUCCUCCACUAAACAGCGGUGCUGAUGCGGUGUAAACUCUUAAAAGGGGCACAAACACUCCCGUUUGAUGUCAGACAGAACCUGGCCACAGUAAGCGUAGGUAGAAGAAGAGACGAGGGAAGGCAAACUGGGGCGCUCCAAUUAAGUGGCAGCACACAAAGUGGCAUGGGGCAUCCUGCCAGCAACUGUCUAUUCAUCCUGUGUCAAAGGGAUUUUCACGUCUCAAUGAGUCCACGCAGUGACAGAGGAGUUCAAGAGGAAAGCAGAGAAAGGAAGGUCUGGCAGUAAGGAUGGAUAGGAAAAAUAGAUGUUUUGACAAAAAAAUAAGGCUAUGCUGGGCUUUUCUUAGUGUAUUUUACUGGUCUGAUCACCAGUAUGAUAUUUCUUUCUGACCUCCUUGGAGAGUCCAAUAACUCCUUGACCUCAAACUGUUAAGGCGUCAUGCAGCUCUCUGGGCUGUCAUGACCUCGCGUCCUGUCUGAGGUUAACUUUGUGUUAAUGAGCAUGGCCCUCAGUUCAACCAGAUGUUCAGCCUUGUGGUUAAAUACCUGUUAGCUCCUGUGAUUCUUUAAUGCCUGCCCACUCCAUCUGUACGCUUUCUGGACAACGCUAAGAAACAUCUUCACUGAGUUAAAAAUAAAUGUCAAGCAGGGAGGAACUUACACUCUGGUGUGUUUCCUUUUGGAGUAAAAACAAUAAAAAUCUGAUAACAAUAAUCAGCGUAAACCAAAAAGCAGAAAAGCAGAAGACAUGUGGGUACCAUUUGUUUGUUCUACUGUACAGUCAAUUUGUACAAGGAAAUCUCCUUAAAUCAAAUGUUGUCAGAGCACACUAAAUCACAUGAAGGUAUUUACAGUCAACAUGUAAACAAACUUGAAAUUAGGUCUUAUGACUUAGCAGUGAUUAGUUAAAGAAGAUUUAAAAUACAGCUAGGAUGAAGAUGUCACUCAAAAGGGAGAUGUUGGAUGUGGAAAAGACAGAAGACACAGAGAAAGUGCUUCUUUGAGCCUCACGGCUUUCCACUUUGUUUGCUUUUCUAUUUUUUGAAUGCAAUACUGGAACUACCAAAUGAAGUGACGUUCCUCCGUUCUCAUAGUCAGGCAGCAGGUGUGCUUUUAUCUGAAACAUUAACCCAGAUCAAAACAAGACGCAUAGUUGAACACCUUCAGAUACAGAAUGUGUGCACACAAACAAACACAUAACUGGUCCUUUUAUGACAGACACAUGCACGCACACACACACAGAGGCAUGCACACACCAUGCUAAUCUAAACAGCAAGGCUGUAUGUAAACAGAUCGUCGACAUAAUGGGAUUGUUCAGUGUGCAAACAAUAAGCUGUUAGCGUAAUCACAGGUCAAAGAUAUAUUACCCAGAGGGCCGCGCUGUAUGUAUAUUAACAUGAUGGAUAUGUGGGAGAGAGGCGGGGGGCAGGGAUAUGAGGGAUAUAGAGCUCCACUGAUUCAGAUUUACCCCCUAUUGGGCCCCGUCCUCUGCCUUUCUCUCCUCUUCCUCCCUCAUAUGGGCCCUACUUAAUCAGCCUUCCCUCUUUUCUUCUCUUCUUGUUCCUUCCCCCAUUCACCAGCCUCUUUCCUAGACUCGUUCGUCCCUUUCUUUUCCACGUCUUCCCUCCAAUUCCUCAUCCCUGUCCUUUCCCAUCUUCGUUUCCUUCAUCCUUCUCCCAUCUCCCUCUUGUCCUGGGCAGAUAUAAUCUGUUUCAGCAAAGCAGUCAAUCCACCUCCAUAGCCAGUGGGGUAUCAGGAUAAAGUAGCUCCACAAUCUUGUUUUUGGAUUAAGAAAAGAGAUCAUACCGAUAAUGAGCAAUCGAGGUGCCUCAUCCAGACAGAAAGACAGCAUUUUGUAGCAAUAUUUUGGAGAUAUUCAUAUUCUAUAUUUCUAUGAGCAAUGUGAUAAACAGACCAGCUUCGUUGUUAAUAAAGUACUGUGCUUGUGUGUUUCAGCGAGUAGCAGCAUACAAGUGUCAUGUCAGUUGGGAUAAACCCUGCGUAGCUUACUCUAUAAGCUCAGCUUAUUACCUUAUCUCUACUUUAUUUGAUUAUCAUCUAGCCCAUUCUCUCAACUGGUUAAUAAGUCCAUGCCUUCCUGACUAAACACUCCAUUAGUGUCAUCACUGGGUGGCUUGUGUGUGUGUGUCUGCAGCCUGUUGACCACUGAAGCAGAUACACAUUGAGGCCAAGUGACAGAGUAAACAAAGAGGCUGCACACUGGGCAGAAAAACAACCUGUAAGACAGACAAAGAUGGCCACUCCGAUUAAUUUCAAGAUAUGGUUUAAGGCCUAUAUAUGGACAACCACUACAUCACGCAAUAAAGUCAAAAUGACCACAAAGAUGAACUAUGUCUAAAUACGGUAAGCAAAAAACAUUGAAUUGUAAGAAGGUAAAAACGCUACUAAGAUGCAACCCUUCCAGUUAGUCUAAAGAUUCAUUCAAACAGCACAAGAGAGUUGCAAUGCAGGGGGAGCUGUUUAAGGAGAGGUUGUUUUACACUCAGAUGAUGUUUUACCAGAUAGCUGGACUCCAUGACUUGAAUAACAGUACAAAAUAUUAACAGCUAUAUUAAAUGAAUGUUUGUUUGAUAAAAAAAGACUUUGUAAAAAAUUUUAAAAAAGCUUAAAGCAAUAUGUUACAAUUCCCACUGUGCGUUUCAGCAAGAAUUCUGUUAAGUGUACCACGGAAAAAGCAUGAUGCUAAAAUCUGAAGCUUUAAUUAAUUAAGUUUUGAUUUCUAGAUCGACUUUGGAUGAUUUUGAUUACUAUGCCAUAUCAUUUUUAUUCCCAGCAGAAACCGUGAAGAGUUCUGAAUUUGCUUUAACACACAACACUGACUGGUUUCUUCUCUUUAGUGUCAUUGACAACUGAAAUAAUGUAAACUAGUCACUUUAACACUAACCUUUGGGGUCACAGCAUUAUCUGGGCGACUUCUGUAAUAAGCAUUUUAAUUAUUGUUGCAAGAAAAAUAAUUAGGCAAAAAUAAGUCCCUUUUCAGCAGCUCCUCCCACCUGCACAUGGACGCUCUUUUCUCCUCCCUCUCAGACACAAGCCUCCACACUGACAAACAGGCUCAAUGCCUGAGAGAGUCUAUGUCGGCUGGAGUGUCAUGAUUAGCAGUGACCUCAAGUUAGACAUGGUGAGGGGCAAUGGGAGUGGGUUCAAAGGUGAAAGGAUUACAGCGACGCAACCCAUGUCAACUGCCCUGCUUUAAUCCUGACCUCCAGGCUGACCUAAGACUCUUGAAAAAUGAUUCACAUGUAUGAGCUCAACAUAUCACGCGUACAUCCACACAUUACUCACAGAAUAUUUAACUUGUAUGUCUGUAAUUUGAGUGUUUAAGCUAAAAGAGGCCUUGUAAAUUAUAUCAUAGAAAAUGGCAUGGAUUCUAAUCCAGAGAUGCUAUGGAUGAGGGUUGUUCUAAUAGCCAGACGACAGUAAAGACAGAACAGACCUCCUUAUGUCACAUAGCUAAUGACAGGGAUGAAUAAUAGAGCCUUUAAAGCCCUUACUCCCACCUCAUUCUGGCCGGCACAUAAGCUUGAGCUCUAGGUGGGCAGUUAGCCAUCAAGCCCCUCGCUGAGAUGAGAUGGGCUCCCAAGAAGAUUGGGGAAGGGGGCGGGGGGGGGGGAAGUUGAAAGAAUCGGAUUAACCAAAAUGCCUCAAUUGCUCAAUUGGAAGAAAUGCUCUGGGCUGACCUCAGUGUAAUAGCAUUGAUAAAUGUUGUAAACCAAACCUUUAGCGUUUGAUUAGGCAACGGAGGAAAUCACAACCUUUAGCUGUGGUGAAACCUCUCAGAUCUGCACAUAAUGGACGUAUGUGAACAUUUCAGAAUACAUCGAAGUUAAUAUAUGCUGCGGGGACUUUUACAAAUGCCCAAGUUGCGACUAUGGAGACAAAUAAUUGGGGAAACAAUAAAUUGCCAGGAGCUGUGGACAGGUGGCAUUUCAGUCUGCACCGUUUAGCUGUGCAGUCUGGUUUCUGACAGCUUGAUUUAGUCUCCUGCACCUGAGCCAGAAAACAGAGAGAAAAUUAACGGCAGGAAAAACAGCUUAACUAGAUUCCAAUUUGCCUGCUUUGAAACACAAUUGAUGAAGUUAAUGCACACGGAGAACCCAGAAUGGACUUUUUGGGAGCUGCACCAAGCUGACUGUGAUCAUGUAAAGAUUGCCCACACUAAUUCAGGGUCAAAUAGACUAGGCAGUCAGGAAGGUAAUAGUACUGAUUUUAUUUACAUUUCCUUUGCCAUUUGAGCGGAGGCCAGUUUUGUGGGGACAUUAGGGGUUUGUCUUUAGGGUGUAAAACGGAGAUUACAGUGGCUCAAGCGGAGAUUAUUGGAUACAUGCUGUUCUCCCUGCUGCGAACAGGGUGUAAUGCUUCAGUUUUAUAGAAGUGAAAAGUUUGCAGAGUCCAGAAAGUUAUGAAUACAUCCCUUCUGGGCCCCCUACGGAGCAGAGAGUGUGAGACAGCAGGGGAUAACCAUAUGCUAUCAAAGUGUUCUUCAAAGCUCCCAUCUUUAGUCCAUGAAAUUAUACAGUAUCAUCACAUAUACCUGACAAAAAAACAGAAGAAACAUAAUUACACAGCUCAAUGUACAAACAGAGAAAAAAACAUCUCUUGAAAAACAUGUCUUAAGAAAUCUGUUGGCUUUAAAUGCUGAGGGAACAGUCCCCCCCCCUUUCUUGAAUCGCGUUGUUUAAACUUUGUUUAAACUGCGCCCCAAUAGCGUGGGUCUGCUCAUAAUUUUGUUUUUACAUGCUUUUAAAAUACUGCUGCUGGUGGACAAUUAAAAAUUUAUGAUUCCUAUCACAAUGAGCCCCUUCACUGUUACCAGAGGUUAAUUUGUGCUCGCCCCUCAUUUCAAUUGUACUAUAGUAAAUGUCCACAUUAUUUCCCACAUGGGCCUGGAUGAGGGGUUUGAUUAUCCAAAGGUAGACCUUGGUUGGCUCUGUUAUUGUCAGAGGGGUCGUAAGCUGCAGUAACAGCUUCUAGGGUCUUAUUGCUAUGGCGAUCAGCCCCCUGCCACUUGGCCUCCGUGACCCCAGUCAGAGAUAAGCUUUAUGGGAAAGCACAUUAACAUGCUCGGGCAGUCACCUCCCUCCUUUAUCAAAGGCAGUUCUGUGAAAUCAAGUGUUUAUGAACCCCCAGUGAGGGUAUAGUGCUGCUGAUUGCCUAUAUUAGAGGUUGACUGUAAAUGAGCUGGAGGUGGACAAAGGACCUGUAGUAGUGGGGAGAACUGAGGAUGCGAUACUGAUGUUAUUCUCACUAAAUGAGCAAUAUCUUUAAUGACUACAACACCCCAUGAGGAGGUUACAAGUCCCUGGAUUACAAACACUGUCUGCAGUCUAAAUAUAUCCACGUCUUCCAUUCUUUUGAGAAAAAAAAACGGACACUACCAUAAAAUAAGAGACAUGAAACGUACUUAUGCAUAUGAUGUAACAUAAUGUUUUGGAGUUAUUGAUUCUAACAGCACUAUUGUACACUGUAGCGACAGAAUCUUCCUUUACUGUCAUCUUCUUUGUUUGAAGCUGAUUCUGUAAACUAAAAUGGGUGUUUUGUUUAUUUCCAUGCACAUGUGUUACUUUGAUGUGGGCAUUUUUCUGUAGCUACGAAAGACACAAUGCUAUAAAAAACAAAAAAAAAAACACCGAAGUGUCAGCAGUGAGCGUCUGCUUACAGCCCGAUCACUGGUGUAAGAUCCUCUCAGUAUGUCUGCAAUGAUGGAUGGUGAUAGCCCCAUGUCUUUGUACACAUCAGGGGGCCCUACUGUUGUCACUGGACAGAUAGAGGGAGCAAGAAAGAGAAAGAUGUAGCCAGCAGCUUAAUGUCCUUCUCUGGUGCUGUGCAUGCUCUUUCCUAUUUGCUUUUCCCUUCACGGCACGGUUAACAUCGUAAAUUAACCUUUCCAAGCCCCCCCUGUGCUCAGAGACUGGUGCGCAAUACAGACAAAGGAAAAAAUAGAUCUGUGUUAUGCAAUGCGGCGGCAGCACUGGUCAGAGACGUAGCCCGUUACAGAAACGAGCUAUUCCUUCCUCGGCGAUAGGGGAUAAAACAUAAAACAACACACUUUGUUCAGUCAGGCAAACAUUCUAUUUUAUGUGCAUGUCCUGUGUACUCUGCAAAUCAGUAUGAGGCUGCUUUUUGUUCUCCAUCCUAGAAAUGUAAAUGAAACACAUGAAAGAAAAGCGUAUUGUAGAUCCUUCUCUUCUUAGUUCAAGUCUGUAAAUAGGAUGUAAAUACCAAACAGCUAUGCAUGCUAAUAUACAAGCAAUUUGUUCAGGUACUUUUGUAAUCCAGACUUCUCAUAUGGCAUGUAACGACGACAAAAAGCAAACAUGGAAAAACAUAAAUAAAUUGUGAACAAGGAUAUGGUUUGUAAACAACUUCAAAACUGAAAAAUAUAUGUCUUUGCUGUUAAUGUUUUCUUACUGAUAACUAAUGCAUCGGCCUGCCAUUUACUACAGUGCUCUGCUCAUGUUACUUGUUAUCUUUUUUAUGUUUCAUAAGGUAGGGCUGAGGCAAAAAAAAAAAAGGCCAUAAAUCACUGGUUUGUGGAAUCAUUGGGUUGGGGAAUAAGAGGAUGGGGGGAAGGAUGGCAGUCUGACCAUAUUGUUUGUAGUUCUUUCAUUGCCGCUGCACGUUCACAUGCAUAGGCCUACACUUAAUAAUUAAUUACAUAUCCUUAGUGUCUGCCACAGCCAAUAAAAUGUUGUGGCAAAAACCAUUUAGCUUGAAAGCGGUGACAACUGGGCUGCCACUGGAGUUAUCUCACCAAAAAACAAGUCCUAUCACCAGCUUUAAAGUGUGUUAUUUCAGAAUGGCACACAUUUGCUUCUGAUAAAUGAAUGCAAACCCAUUAAACUAUGAAGCUGGUAUACCAAGUAAUUUUGACUCAUUCCAAAUUUUCCAAAUGAUGAUUUGCAAGGGAAAGAGAUUUCAAAAUCUUUCAAAGUGUUUUUUUUCUUCUGCAUUUUUAAUACUAUGUCCAGUGAAAAAUGAUUAUCUAUAUGCCAAAUUUGCCUCUGCCCUAGCAACUGUAAUAUGACAUUUUAAGAAAAUAACAGCGGAGGAAGUGUGAAGAAAAACGGUUUUGGUUUCUAAGAGUGUUUAUUUUCAACCAUGUUAGAACCAUGUUAAAUCCCAAGGCGCUCAUGGUAGAUGGAAGUGUCUAAUUUUUAACCUGUGCUAAAGAUAUUUUAAAUUUAAUAAAUAAUUAUUGUAACAAGAAAA